CUGCGAGGGGCGGCCGCUGCUUCUCGCGAGAGUUCGAGCUGUGCUCCAGCCUCUCUCCUCAGUUGAGGUGUGAGUCUCCCUGGCCCUUCUCUAGUUCCCAGCAUGUACCUGAGGAGCGCUGCCCGUGCCCAGAACCUUCUGUGUGCCAGGAUCCAGCGGCUCCUGCUGAGCCAGCAGCAAUCCAGAGGGUUCUCUUACAAAGCUGUGAUCUUUGAGGAGAGUGGGGUGCUGCUCCCAGCCCCUCACAGGACAGCCACAGACUGGGAGGCCCGGAGCUGCAUUCCAGCCAGCACCAUCCAGCAAGCUGCACUGUCUGGAGGGGAGAACAGCCUCUCUCUGCAGUAUUCCAGAGGAGAGCUGACAGCUGUGGAGUUCCUGCAGGAAUUGGGACAGCAGUGCUUUGAGAUUGCAAAUGCCCGUGUUCCAGUGCACUCCUUUCUCUGGGAUUUAAUCCGAAAUGAGAUGAUAAAACAGCUCCCCAUAAUGGCAGAAGCAGCUCAGUGUAUCCGGGCAGAAGGGCUUAAGACAGCUUUACUGAGCCACAGCUUGUGCCUGAGGGAUGCAGAGAGGUCCCUGCCCCUGGACCAACAGCACUUUGAUGUGAUGGUUGAAUCACACCAGGAAGGGAUGCCCAGGCCAAGCCCUGGGAUCUACAAGCUGUGCUUGGAGCACCUGGGUGUCCAGCCCCAGGAAUCCAUCCUGCUGGACAGCAGCAGCCAGAACCUGAAGGCAGCAGCUCUGCUUGGCAUGAAAACAGUGAAGGUUGAUGAUGCAGAAGCUGCACUCAAAGAGCUGGAAACCCAUUUGGGAUUUCCUUUGCGAGGGUUUGUUCCCUAUACUCGUUCAGUGAUUCCGGGCAUGGAAAUCCCAAAGGAUCGUCUGCAAAAGUACCUUGAAGAUGUUCUUGGGGCUCACUCAACAGCCCCACUGGAGUUAAGGCAGUUUGACCAUGGAGAGUCCACCCGGAGCUAUUCGGUGAAGUUUGGAGGUCGUUUGCUGGUGCUGAAGAAGGAGGAGGAGGAGCCUCCCGCUGGCCCCUUAGGCCUUUCUGUCCCAAGGGAAUACAGGGUCCUGAAGGCUCUGGCUGAGGCUGGUGUUCCUGUGCCCCCCGUGCUUGCUCUCUGUGAGGACAGAAGCAUCCUUGGCACUCCUUUCUACCUUCUGGAGCACUGUGCUGGCCACAUCCACCGUGCCGUGUCCCUGCCCGCGGUGCCACCGUGCCGGCGCAGGGCCUGGUACGGCGCCAUGGCACAAAUCCUUGCCAAGAUCCACAGCCUGGAGCUCGGAGACAAGCUGCAGGACCUUGGGGAGCACGGAAAUUACAUCCAGCAGCAGGUUGAGACCUGGACAGAGCAGUAUCGAGCUGUGGAAACUCACGUUAUGCCAGCAAUGGAGAGGCUUAUCCAGUGGCUGCCUCUGCAUUUUCCUGAAUCCCAGAAGACAACAGUGGUGCAUGGUGAUUUCAGGAUGGACCACCUGGUCUUUCAUCCAGACAGGCCAGAAGUCCUUGCUGUGCUGUGCUGGAAGUUUGCCACUCUAGGAGAUCCCAUGUGUGAUCUGGCGAAUAACUGUAUGAGCUUCUUCCUGCCAGCCCACUUUGGUGCUCGCAGAGGCUUGAGGAAAUGUGACUUGGGGCACCUGGGAAUUCCCACGGCAGAGGAGUAUUCCCAGAUGUACUGUGGCCACAUGGGAGUGGAGCUCCCGGAGAACUGGAAUUUCUACCUGGCCUUUGCCUUUUUCCGCCUGGCUGUGAUGCUGCAGGGAUGUCACCGUGGCUCCCUGGCAGGGAGGCUAGCUCCAGGUGACAGCAGCCCCGAGGACGCAGAGUUUGUGGCCGAGCUGGCUUGGGAUUUUGCUGUUAAAGAAGGAUUCCGUGUGUUUGAGAAGCUCCCCCCAACAAAGCUGCUCGCACGCCAUUGCAGCACCUGAGCCGGGCGAGGCCCGUUCCUGAGCAGGAGUUACAGCACCUGGACAUGGUCUGGGGCAGCCCCUGUGCCCACAGCCCCCCCGGGCACUCCCCCCAGCAGCCUGCUGGGGAUGGCCCAGGGUCACUCCUGCAAGAUGGGAAAUACGGGCAUCCAGUGGGGCUUUCCGAGUUCCCAUUCCACAGGGACUGCACGUCCUCUGCCAGAAUUGCAGGGAUUUUGGAAACUGGCAGUCCCUUCCAUGAGGAACACAUUUAACACCAGCCCAGCUGUGGUUGCUCACCCAAGGAAUAAGUAGAAUGGCCCAGCAUGUCUCUCCUCCUCCAGCACAUCUCUACUUCUUCAGCACAACCUCCAGCAACCUGCAGAUGCUGGAAGAGUCUUUGGUGGUGGAAGGAACUGAAUCCAGUCCUCAAGGUCUCUGCAUUCAGGAGAGACUCCAGAACUGAGGAGUCUCAGUGCCUGCCCUGUGGAACUGGGAGAAACUGGGAAGACUCCAUGGUCCCAUGAGUGUGGUGGGGUCUCUUUGGGGACCAUGGAGGAUGCAGACUGGAUUAAUGGGAGUUUUCGGUGCUUUACUGGGGCCAGAGCAAGGGGAGAACUGUGGGAACAACCGUGGUAACUUUAUGAGCAUGAGCAAUUUAUAUGUUGUAUUAAUUAAGUAUUAAAGUAAUGGGUACGGUUCUUUGUA